AUGGCUUCGUGGCUUCGCCCCGAAAAAAAAGACGACCAAAAACAUCUUCCUUCUCCGCAACUGAAAUCAAGAAUACCAGUCAGAAUGAAUCGCUUAUGCAGCGACAAUGUCAGAAGUUCCUCGUCAAAGGACAAAGCAGAUAAAACAGCGGGUCUGCAAAAAGAUUUAGGGAACAAAGUUCAAAGCAAGCGGUCAUCACGGAUUCCGAUUGUGGUGAAUGGGAGGAAGACCAAAGUUGGUUCUAAAGAUAAUCUACCCAUGAAUUUCAAAACUAUUCAAGGAGGAAAACCUCUAGGAAGAGAUUCAGAUUUUGAUCCAGAAUUAAACAAGCCUCUUUCGGUUGCUAAUUUCAUCAGCCAUCUUGUUUAUUUCAAGCCACUUAGUCGAUGCUUGUUUGCACAAACUGGAGGUAUUAAACUGCGAGAAACUCAAGGCAAACAAGACAAGAAAACGGAAAGUGCCAUUCCUUCAAUCACAGUUAAACAAAGCAGUUACAGGCGCGCUCCGAAAACCACGCCAAUUGUCAGGCGACGUGUACCACGACAGCUUACACCAACAGAGACAGAGUCGAAACAGGUUUGCAAGGAUGAGAAAGAGUCACGAGAAGAAAGCUCAGCAAGAGAGAAAUCAUCUGCAGCCAAGGCAAAAGAGGUCACGUCAGAGGUCACCACAGCUAAACGAAGCAGUUAUAGGCGCGCUCAGAAAACCACACCAAUUGUCAGGCGGCGUGUACCCCGACAGCUUACACCAAGAGAGACAGAGUCGAAACAGGUUUGCAAGGAUGAGAAAGAGUCACGAGAAGAAAGCUCAGCAAGAGAGAAAUCAUCUGCAGCAAGGGCGGAAGAGGUCACGCCAGAGGUCACCAAAGCUAAACGGAGCAGUUAUAGGCACGCUCACAAAAAGACGCCAAUUGUCAGGCGACGUGUACCAAGACAGCUUACACCAACAGAGACAGGAUCGAAACAGGUUUGCAAGGAUGCAAAAGAAUCACGAGAAGAAAGCUCAGCAAGAGAGAAAUCAUCUGCAGCAAGGGCGGAAGAGGUCACGCCAGAGGUCACCAAAGCUAAACAGAGCAGUUAUAGGCGCGCUCAGAAAACCACGCCAAUUGUCAGGCGACGUGUACCACGACAGCUUACACCAACAGAGACAGAGUCGAAACAGGUUUGCAAGGAUGCAAAAGAAUCACGAGAAGAAAGCUCAGCAAGAGAGAAAUCAUCUGCAGCAAGGGCGGAAGAGGUCAAGCCAGAGGUAACCAAAGCUAACCAGAGUAGUAAUCAGGUUUGCAAGGAUGAGAGAGAAUCACGAGAAGAAAGCCCAGCACAAAAUAUCAGACUGGAAACAGAGUUUGGUACAAAGAACAAGAUGGAAGAAAAUGUUUUCAGCGAGGAAGAGUUGGACUGUAGCUCUUUCACUGAGUCCAGCGGAUACCAACGGAAAAUGGCUGAGCUGAACGAAAAAUCCAGACGGCUCAAGGCACAGUUUGCGGAGGAAAACAGACAGGCUGUCGAAUCUAUGAACAAGACAAUGGAGAAGAUCAAACAGAGCCAGGCAAGGGAAGAUUGCAUCACAAAUGAGAUUGAGGAGAUACGACGGAGACGGGAUGAAAUAAAAGAAGACUUGAAACGACUUGAUGAGAUCGGCCGAAGACGAGAGCUCGAGGAUAAAAAAUGGAGAGAAAAAAUGGACGAGAAAAAGAAGAGAGUCGCAAAUAGAUUGGAGAAGAUAAGAGUCGAACGACGUAAAUAUCAGGAAGGGACAGCUGAUGAAAAUGACUCAACAGAAGGGUAUGAUCAACCGGAUAAGAAUUCCGGUGAAAGUCCAGAGAGUGAGAAAAGCAAAAAUGUCACCAUAGGAAACGAAACUGUUAUAAACGAAGACGUUGGUAACGAAGUGUUACGUGAACCUCAUCAGAUCAUAGAGUACAAAAGUGUAAAAGAGCUGGAAAAGAAGCGGAAAGAAGUAAAGCAGUUGAAGAGACUGGAGAAGAAGGCGAUUAAAAGAGAGAAGUUAGAACAAAGAGAACGUAAGAAGAUCGAAAAACAGAAGCGAAAAGUUGCUCGCAAACUUGAGAAACUCUCAGCUAAGAGUUCAAAGGUUUCGGAAGAAACUGCAGUAGUUGCUAAGUGUAUAAAUGAGGCCAUGGAGGCUACGAAUACAACGGCGAAAGAGAAAAAUGAUGAAACCCCGAGAGCAAAUGGAAUUAAACCAUCCGUCGACACCUCUUCAGAUAUCGCAGAGUCUAAGCAAGUUCAAGCACCUCACUCUUCUGGAUUAAUUACGAAUGGAGCGGAGGUUGAGAAAUUAGGAGAGACGUUGCCUAAGGUUGAUAGGCUAAUAUUGGGACAUACAGACUCUAUGGUCGACGAAACAGCGGACAGCCAACAAAGUAACCCAGAGGAGGAGAUGCCUCGACAGGAUAACUUUGACUGUUUCCCUGAUGAAGUUGAGGGAGACAUGCACACAGAGGAAAGCAGGUCUCAAGUUUCACAGAGUGCUGAGAAUGAGGACAACGAGAAAAAUGUCCAUGAAUGCGACGCCUUACCGAAAUAUGAGCAAUCGGUGGCAGCAGUCGUAAACAUAACGGAAUAUUUAAUCCAACAAGGGUUGUCCGAGGCUUUGGAAACAAUUAUCCCUGUCAGUAAAAAAGAGUAUACAUUGCGAUCGGAAGAAAAGAUUUCAGAGGAAGAACCAAAGCUCCACAAAGAAAAUGUGGAAAUGGAAUUUGGGAAACUUAAAAGGAAAAAUACCGAGCUCGAGAUGCAGAUUUGCAUCAUAAACGAGGAACUUGAAACGUACCGAAAGAGGAUAGAAACUUUACAGGCUGACCUGGAUGGGAGCAAAGUUGAGGUUGAGCAACUGCAGUCUAAGGAAGAAUACAAAGAAAGAGAGCUGGCAAAUUUAAAAAGUGAUUUCCAGAGAAAGGAGCAAAAAUGGGAAGAUGCAAAUGAACUCUUGGAAAAGGUUAUGGUGGAAAGAGAAGAGUUAUGGGAUGAUGUUGAUUACUUGGAGGAAAGCUUGAAAGACAGUCAAGAAAGUAAUGAAACUCUGACAUUUGAGGUCGAUGAACUGACGAUAAUGAUACAGGAGAUGAAGAGAGAGUACAGAGUGGAGCACAGUCGCUGGGGAUGUGGACACCUACGUGAGGAAGUAGAGUUACUUAAUGGAUCUCUGGAGUUGAAUGAACAGAGAACAGUUUUAUUAGAGAGCCAAGUGCACGCAUUUGAAGCAGAAAGAAAACAGUUAAGAGGUGAUGUUGAUUUCUUGGAGGAAAGCUUGAGAAACAGUCAAGAAAGCAAUGAAGAUCUGACAACAGAGAGUAACUCUGUUGAAGAGCCAAGUGGACGCGUUUAA